ACUUCAGUGUCGAUUAACGUAUUAAUUUUGCGUUAAUUUCCGACAUAAAAUUAAUUUUCAGCAUAUUCAUAUCCUUGCGCUAAUUGGCACAAAAAUUUGAAUGGACCGUUUGAGACAUGUGAAGUGUGUUAAAUUUAACACAAAACUUUUUACUGUGUACGCAAACUUUUUAAUGUAUAUUAUUACGCGUUUGCUUCCAUAGUAACAUGAGAAAAGUGCACGUAACAUGAGAAAAAUGUGAUAAAGUACAAUUAAAAGGAGCAAACCUGGUAUAGAUUCGUGCGAAAACAAAAGUUGACUGCAUGCAAGCAUGAAAAAUGGAGGAUCCUGCGCUUUUACGGCGGCUCGCGGGGCUCUACAAUGCUCGUGGUGCUCAUUCUGACGUAUAUUUGUCCGAUUUCCCUGGUGACCGGCGAAAUGACCGCGAUGCCGCAGGAGCUCGCGACCGACGAGGGGGUGGAAGUGCGCAUUGUCGGCGGGGAAGUCACCGACAUCAAGAAUUACCCGUUCAUCGUACGUGCGACGCGCCCAUAGCAGCCCCUUAACCUUUGACCUUUUGGGAAGGGGGGAGGAUAUUUGUACCUUCCCACGCAAUGCGGCCCACACCUAGCGGAAGUGCGUAAACACGCGAUAGACGAGACACCGAGAGUUCUGACGUCAAAAGCGAGGGAAUUGCGAUGAGAGUUGGGGAUGUUUCGUGUGAAUACAUCACGGAUGUGGCAAGACAAAAGCUCGAGGAUACCUAUGCGAACGCGAAUGAAUGACUAGUCUUUUGGCCGCUGAUGACCUUUUCCCCAGCGCUCUUCUCUCGCAAUGAGAACUUGGUUCGUAUCGUUUCAUUCUUCCAGUCGACGUUUACCGGAAUGAAUACGACGAUUCAAACGUAUGAUUCCCUCAUAUCGUUUAGCUAUUGAUCGUAUUUUGAAUGGAAUAUACCAUUUACUUUAAAACCAGUCAACGUGAGAACUAAACGUGUCCUUUGUCACAAAACUCCUAUCUUAGGACCUUGCACGGUCGAGUCAGAUUUUCACUCGCGCAUUUUCCGCGCUCCUGUGAUCUCGCGGUGAAGUUACCUGUUUACCCACGUCCGACAGGUACUGACAGUGUACCGAUACACCUUACACGCUUGUGAAACAAAUUAACAUAACUACUCGCACGGCGCUCUUGAGAUACUAGAAUUUCAAUUUCGUAAUGAGCAGAUAUUACAUUUCGGAAGAUCGCACGUAAACAAAUCACGUGUGAAUAAAGCGCAACAGCAACACUGUGCAGUUUAUGGCAAAAUAGAAAAGGGCUUGAGUUAAUUUAUGUCCGAGUGAAGUUCCCUCUCAGAUAUACAAUUUAUCAUCAAUGUCGAGAGUGAAAGUGUCAAGAAGAAUGAACGAUAAGCGUGGAAAAUGGAUAAACGUGUGAUUACUUAUGAGAUCGGAACUGAAACAAAUCUCGGGAACACCGUGCGAAGGGGUUCUCGCUCGUUCGGGCCAGAGAGCACGAAGGUUAAGGGGCGAACCGACUCGACUCGGACUCGACGAAUCCGAAUUUUUCAAAGUCAAUUCCUCUUAGGUCUCGGUGCAACGCGUACAUGCUGGCCAUGCAUGCGGAGGCACUUAUGUCGCGCCUAGGUUCGUCCUGUCGGCCGCCCAUUGCAUGAUCAGGUGCGUGUCACAAGACUGCGUUUUCGCGCUGAACGUCGCGAAAGAUGGUGUAGUUCUCUUUCUCUCUAGCCGGGGCAUACGCUUUAGCACUCGCUCUGAAAUACUCGUACACUCUUGCGUGUAGCCACCCCCCGAUGCAAUCAUUAACCCUCGGACGCGUGAGACUCUUUCGCACAAUGUUUAAUUAGUACCGUGGAGGUCUCGCGAAUUGAUCCAAGGGUUAAAAUACGAUGUCUUCCGAGACCAACGGUGGAAGUAAAGCGGGGGUGAGGAUCUUGUGAGAAAUUUUCGGUAUAAGUGAAAACACACACAGAACCCAGCAAACAUCAACUGAUAGUAAUGUAAUAUCAAUGUUACAAUUUCCCAUUCAACAAUAUAACUAUAUUACGUAACACAAGCGUUAUAUGGCAUUUACAUUGUUGAGUUGGAAAUUAUAACAUUGAUAUUAAGUUACUGUUAGCUGGUGUUUGCUGAGAGCAAAAAGCAUUAGUGCACGUUGCUGUUUUUGCUGAAUUCUCCGUUGAGAUUCACUGUGUGAUCAUUGGAAUCACGUGGAACGUCUCUGUUUCGUACAUUUAUGUUUGCUUAUUAUUAUUUUCGCAGGUGUCUAUGUGCAAAAGAGCGUGUACACAUAGAAGUGUACUCAAUUAGGAACUACGUAAUCUUUUACCGAUUUGCAAAGGCCUCCGUGGCCAACUUUAAUUAGGAAACACUGCCAUAUCGUACAGCGAAUUUGUCAUCUUUUCAUACUUUUCUGUGAUACUACUAUCAUAUGUGUAUGAAAAGAGAGAUUAAUUUACGUUGUCUCAUAUUGUUAAUUGUGUUUUCUUAGGAAAAACUGCUAAUGAAAAAUCGUUUAUUUCUUUCAAUGUGUAUCAAUUGUUUCAGGUUGUAUAAAAUUUCGUAAACGUUAAACGAAUUACAUCAGCUUUAAAAUUUCUUGAAGAAAAAAAGCAAAGUAAACAAACUUGAAUCAUAAAAUACGAUCUGAAUAUAUUUCUGAUUUUUUUUAUUUAUAUUCGAAGUGUACGAUAUAAAAUAUAUUUUAUGUCUAUUUCAUGCAAAAUAGUUUAUCGUUUUUGCUUUACGUAGAAUGUUACUUAGAAUGUUUAUAAGAUAGCCUCACAUAAAAUUUUCUUCGAUGAGUCAAGGAAAAAUGUCUUUCGCUUUAAACUAAAUCUUUGUAAAAAACUGAGAGAACCGUCUCAGAUUUCGGUACGAUUAACACUUAAACGCGGGACUGUAUUCUAUGUGAUCUAAACCCUUUUAGAUUUAAAGCAAAUUUCGCGAAAAAAAGUCUAUAAAGGAGAGAGACCUCUCUCCUGUUGACUGAGAUAUUAAUUAUACUCGGAUAUUCUCCAGAAUAUGAUUAUGUACUUGUAAAGCGAAUCUCGGACGCCCUGAUAAGACAUUUAAUAUUACACACACACACGCACACACACACAUACUCACACACACACACACACACACACACACAUACACACACGAGAUAUUAGUAUUUAACCUCCUUGCUACUGCAGAUGUACGUGUAAUGUUUUUUCAUGAAAAUGAAGGAAAAAAUGUGAGACUUGAGUUUUAACGAUUAACGAUGUGUCUUGUGGGGGUAUAGUUGCGCUGCCAUUUGUGAAAGACGGCCGGGCGAGUUGACGAACUUAAUCUUCAACUUAAAUCUUCAAUGAUCCAAUGGAAAAAUCGUGCGAUAUGCUUCUAAGGGAGAGAGAGAGAAAAAGAAAGUAGAGAUAGAUAAGUAGGUAGAUAGAGAGAGGGAGAGGGAGAAAGAGAGAGAGAGGGCGUCUUUAUAAUCGUACAUACUGGUAUGUUCUAUUGAAACAAAGUAAUAUACAGCGAUUGUGUAAUGUGUAAAUCUCAGACGUGUUCACGGAUGGUAGCCGAUUUAUAUCGUGUCUCCGGACCACGUGAAACAUAUAUUUGAAUUUGUAUUUUCGCUACUAAAUGGAAUCCUUCUGUGAAUCAUAGUAUAUAGCGGCGGCCGAACGGGAUCGGAUAAAUUGAUACGAUAAAUUGAUUUCCAGUCGGGCAGCGCCUGGGAAGAGACAUAAUAGCGAUCGGGUAUAAGAAUAACUGCCUCUUGACAGCCACGGCAAUUACUCAGCGCGCUACGUUUUGAUUCAUCCCGUUCGCCCGCCGCGAUUACACCUUGUUUGUUUCUGACUGUGAAUAGCGAUGUGCUGUCUAGAAGUAUAUAUUUCACGAGUAACGAGGAAGGUUAGCGGCGCUAGAUUCUAAGGCAACGAUAUCUGUCGCGGUAUCUAUCUGUGUAUCGAUUAGCUGUGUACUAGCGGUGAUGUACUACUCGCGCGAGCGUAGUUUCUGUUUUAUGAGUCAGCUCGGCCGCCCGUGAUUGUGCACGUGGGCUGAAUCGGGGGCGCAAUCGGACAUCUGCUCGUUUACAUAUGAUAAGACUAGUUAUGCGGCAUGUUCAAACGAUGAGUUGAAAGAACAAAGCAAAUUGGCGUAUAAUUGAGAACCUCUUAUUUCUCACGGAUAAAACCGAUUUGUUGCAUGUCGAUCGCAUUCGAGUGACUCGAGAUCGUUUUUCUUUCAAUUCAUAUAUUUUAUGAACGAAGCAGGAGAUCGUUGCUUGCAAUUAACAUAUAUUGUUCAAUUUGUUUUUUUAAUUUCUAGACUCUCUCCGGUUUGACUCACAAAAUAAAUUAAUUGUUUUUAUAUCGUCAAAAAGUCUCUUCAAAGGCCGUUGGUGUAACCGUUUUAACUUUCUGAUGGAUCAUUUUACACCUCAAUUUAUCUAAUGGAUAAAAAUAUUCUGAAGAGCGUUCCCCGUAAAUAAACUGCAAGAAUAUGAAAAAUGACUAAUACAUUACUGAAAAACGAUUGAAAGAGAAAUUGGAAAGCAAUAUACAAUAAUAUACUAUAUACUAUACAAUAUACUAUAAAGCAAUAUAAUAUAAAUAGUAUACUUUCAGAUGUAUACACUACAGAUGUUUAUCCAUUAUAUAGUUUAUAUGAAGCUGGGACAACUGGCCUUAAAAGUUUCGAAAGUUCGUCAUCUUAUCUUAAUACCUUAUACAACAAAGAAAAAAGAUACCGAAUUAGUACGCGACGCUGUAACUAGCAACAAGAAGAUCAGGACCUAUACAAUACAGAAGCUUGCAAUAACAUUGCUGCAACAUUGCAACAUUGCCACGAUGUUGCUGCAAUGUCGCAAACGUCGCAACAAUGUUAACGUUAGCUUUUGUGCCGUACGGGGAAGUUCUCGAUCUUCAUGGGAUCCGAUUGUGCCUCACUUUCGCUCACCGCUCCGAUGUUUAGAUGAAACAAAAUGAAUAUGAUUAAUUUGUCGUUGUUUAAAAGAUGGUCGCCCGGCGGCACGUGGAGGCCGGAUAAUCCUCGGCGAUACUACGUGAUCGCCGGCACGCACUAUGUGUACUUACCAAGCUGGGGUUCCAUGCAGAUGGAAUUCAUAGACAAGACAUUGCCGCACGCGAAGUUUCGGCUCUUGGACCUGCAACACGAUAUUGGAUUGUUCAGGCUGAGGAGACCUUUUCAUACGAACCUGUACAUUCAAUACGUCGUGCUCCCCGUUAAAUACAUUGCGAAUUUACAAGAUAUGUACACGGAACACUGCAUCGCGGCUGGAUGGGGCCGACACAUACCCGAUUCAAAUAGAGGAAGUGGCACUUAUCUACGACACGUUCGGGUUCCCUUGAUCUCAGCUAUGAAAUGUCCAAUGCCAAAUAUAAACAUAGAAACACAAGUAUGCGCCGGUCUGUUGGAAGGUGGUCGCGAUGCCUGCAAGGGCGACAGCGGUGGGCCAUUGAUAUGCAAUGGAACGCAGGUGGGCAUCAUUUCUUGGGGCGAGGGAUGCGCCCUCCCGAAUUCACCAGGUGUUUAUUCCCGUGUAGAUUUUUAUCUGGAUUGGUUAAACGAGACUAUUCAACGGAACGGAGUCUCGAAAUACUCAUUUCGACCUGUGGCUUCGAUCGCCUUCGCGCUUUAUUGGCUAUACUUGUUCUUAAUGUGCUAAUUAUCAUAUGGUAUAAAUGUGAAUAAGCGAAGGGUUACAUUCACUUGCAGUGUGCAAUUAUUGUGUCGGAGCUCCAUUAAAUAUUUCUUCAAUUAUCUCAAAUAAAAAAUUACUUGUUUAUUAGG